CUGAGACCUGAAGAUAUUAAAUAACAAAUUCUAGAAAGAAUAAGUUUUUAUUUCUGAGUGAUGUGAUGAAAUCUCACCCGCAGUACCAACUGCCAUUUUUUCCAGGGCAAAAGCUGCAAGGUACGGGCUACAUUAAUCACUUAGUAGUUCUGAGUGAUCAGAUUGAGUACUUAUGCUUGUGCUCAACCACACCAGGAUACUUCAUUCGCCUCACAUCAUCCCAUCACAAGUAAGGUGCUACCAGGCAGAUGAUUUUUCACCACCUACCAUGAUGUGGAAUAGAUAUUUUUUCUCCUGUAUCCUGCUUUUGCUGCCUUUUAUAAGCCAAAUGGUAUACGGACAAAGAAGGAAAGGAUCAAAGCCAAAUUUACUUGCAAGGAAAAAUGACUUCCAGGACUCCAUUUGCUUCAUAGACAUUGUCUUCAUCGUGGACAGCUCUGAAAGUUCUAAAAUUCUCCUGUAUGAUAAGCAGAAAGACUUUGUGAAUCAUCUGAGUGACAAAAUUUUCCAGUUGACCCCUGGUCGUUCCUUGAAAUAUGACAUCAAACUGGCUGCCCUUCAGUUUAGUAGCUCUGUCCAGAUUGAUCCGCCUUUUUCUUCUUGGAAAGACCUUCAGACAUUUAAGCAGAGGGCCAAGUCUAUGAAUUUAAUUGGGCAAGGUACCUUCUCUUAUUAUGCCAUCUCUAAUGCUACAAGGCUACUUAAGAAAGAAGGGCGUAAAAAUGGUGUGAAAGUGGCUUUGCUGAUGACAGAUGGCAUUGAUCAUCCAAAGAAUCCAGAUGUUCAAAGUAUUUCUGAAGAUGCUAGAAUUUCAGGAAUAUCAUUCAUCACCAUCGGACUUUCCACUGUAGUCAAUGAAGCUAAACUUCGUUUGAUAUCUGGGGAUUCAUCUAGUGAACCUGUCCUACUACUGAAUGAUCCAACCCUUAUAGAUAAAAUUCGGGAUCGCCUGGAUAUCUUGUUUGAAAAGAAGUGUGAACACAAGAUUUGUGAAUGUGAGAAGGGGGAUCCAGGUGAUCCAGGGCCUCCUGGUACACAUGGAAACCCAGGUAUCAAAGGUGAACGAGGACCAAAAGGAAACCCGGGUGACGCUCAAAAAGGAGAACCUGGAGACAGAGGUCCUGGGGGAAUUCCUGGAUACAAGGGUGACAAGGGUGAACAAGGAGAAUGUGGUAAACCAGGAAUAAAAGGCGACAAAGGAGCAACAGGGCCAUCUGGACCAAAGGGACCCAGAGGACUUCAGGGCAUUAGUGGACUUCCAGGGGAUCCAGGCCCAAAGGGAUUUCAAGGCAAUAAGGGUGAGCAAGGCCCUCCUGGUCCUUAUGGUCCUCCUGGAGCCCCUGGUAUCGGACAGCAAGGUAUUAAGGGAGAAAGAGGCCAAGAAGGAAGAAUGGGAGCUCCAGGACCAAUUGGAGUUGGUGAGCCGGGACAGCCAGGUCUCCGAGGUCCUGAGGGAGCACCAGGAGAGAGGGGCUUACCUGGAGAAGGAGUACCAGGACCAAAGGGUGAGAAAGGUUCUGAAGGACCAAUUGGUCCUCAAGGACUGCAAGGCCUAUCAAUCAAAGGGGACAAGGGGGAUCUGGGACCUGUGGGACCCCAAGGGCCAAUAGGCAUUCCAGGCAUUGGUAGUCAAGGGGAACAGGGAAUCCAAGGUCCUAUUGGUCCACCUGGUCCACAAGGGCCUCCAGGACAAGGUUUGCCUGGUUCCAAGGGAGAAGUGGGCCAGAUGGGACCUACAGGCCCUAGAGGACCAGUAGGAAUUGGAGUGCAGGGUCCAAAGGGGGCGCCAGGUUCAACGGGGCUCCCAGGGCAACCAGGAGUACCAGGAGAAGAUGGAGCCCCAGGGAAGAAGGGAGAAGCGGGGCUUCCAGGAACAAGAGGCCCAGAGGGACCACCUGGGAAAGGACAUCCUGGCCCUAAGGGUGAUGAAGGAAAGAAAGGGAGCAAAGGGAAUCAAGGACAGAGGGGAUUUCCGGGGCCUGAAGGGCCAAAGGGAGAGCCGGGCAUUAUGGGCCCCUUUGGAAUGCCUGGAGCAGCAAUUCCUGGACCACCUGGGCCAAAGGGAGACAGAGGAGGACCUGGGAUCCCUGGAUUUAAAGGAGAGCCUGGGCUUUCUAUUCGAGGACCAAAGGGUGCCCAAGGCCCUCAGGGACCAGUAGGUGCUCCAGGACUCAAGGGUGAUGGCUAUCCUGGUGUGACUGGACCUCGAGGAUUGCCAGGACCCCCGGGACCCAUGGGUGUACGAGGAGUUGGAGACACUGGAGCAAAGGGAGAGCCUGGCGCCAGAGGCCCUCCAGGUCCCUUUGGGCCUCGGGGCAUAGGAACUCAAGGGCCAAAGGGUGAUAUUGGGCAGAAAGGCUUGCCUGGCCCUCCUGGGCCACCGGGCUAUGGAUCCCAAGGAAUUAAAGGAGAACAAGGACCUCAAGGUUUUCCAGGGCCAAAAGGCAAUAUGGGCUAUGGACUUCCAGGCCAUAAGGGAGAGCAUGGAGAACGAGGUGAUGUGGGAAAGAAAGGUGAAAAGGGGGAAACUGGAGAGCCUGGAUCCCCAGGAAAACAGGGUUUACAAGGACCAAAAGGAGACCUGGGUCUUACAAAAGAAGAAAUUAUCAAACUUAUUUUUGAAAUAUGUGGUUGUGGGCCCAAAUGCAAAGAGACUCCGCUGGAGUUGGUGUUUGUGAUUGACAGUUCAGAAAGUGUGGGGCCAGAGAACUUCCAGAUCAUCCAAAAUUUUGUGAAGACUCUGGCUGACCGGGUUGCUCUGGACCUUGCCACGGCCCGCAUAGGCAUAAUCAACUACAGCCAUAAGGUGGAGAUGGUGGCUAAUUUGAAACAGUUCUCCAGCAAGGAUGACUUCAAGCUGGCUGUGGACCACAUGCAGUAUCUGGGGGAAGGCACCUACACAGCCACUGCUCUUCAAGCAGCCAAUGACAUGUUCAGGGAUGCAAGGGCAGGAGUAAAGAAGGUGGCCUUGGUCAUUACAGAUGGACAGACAGAUUCUCGAGAUAAAAAGAAACUAACCGAAGUGGUGAAAGAUGCCAAUGAUGCUAAUGUGGAGAGAUUUGUGAUUGGGGUGGUGAAGAAAACUGACCCCAAUUUUGAAAUAUUCCACAAAGAAAUGAAUGUAAUUGCUACUGACCCAGAGCAUGUGUAUCAAUUUGAUGACUUCUUUACUCUGCAAGACACCCUGAAGCAAAAGUUGUCCAAAAAAAUUUGUGAGGAUUUUGAUUCCUAUCUUGUUCAAGUUUUUGGUACAGCAUCACUUCAACCUGGGUUUGGGAUGUUGGGGGAAGAACUCAAUGGAUCCACUCUGGAGCCUCCCCAAGAAGUUUCUGAACCAUUCAGUGUCCUUGCAGGCCAGGAUGAAGAAAAUGAGUCUCCAGAGCCUACCUGGGCUGAUGGCUUGGCCACCACUGCCUCCUCCAAAGUUGCCACCACUCUUGGACCAUCACUGAGCACCUCUGGUGACAUGAGAACCAGAACUCCAAAUCCAAUUUGGACACCAGAGAUGGAAAAUUUAUUGUACAAAGAUCAGAGAUGUCUGGAACCCUUGAAGCCUGGGAACUGCGGUGACUAUGUGGUUCGAUGGUAUUAUGACAAACAGGUCAACUCCUGUGCCCGCUUUUGGUUCAGUGGCUGUAAUGGCUCAGGAAAUCGAUUCAACAGUGAAAAGGAAUGUGAAGAUGUCUGCAUGAAGGAGUGAGCAAGUAAACUUACCUGUCUCUAUCAAAAAUCUAGAAAGAACACAAUGCAAAGGAAGCACCAUAUUGGCGUGUGUACUAAGCAUUUAUAAUUUAUAAGUAUACUUGAAACUGCAAUGUAGGUACAUUAACUCCUACACAGAUGAGAGAGCUAAGAAUCUGACAAAUUUAGUAGCUCGUCACCUGUCACCUAACUAAAAGAUGGUGGAACUGGGAAUUUGGACUCAGGACUGUUUAACUUCUGUAUACAGCUCUGUUUCACAGCCUGCAGUGUGAUUCUGAUGCCUGUUAAUUCCUAUUGGCUGUAUUAUGUUGUCUCAAACCCCACCCUGCACAUGUCCCCUCUCCCCUGUCACUCUCACUACCCUGUCAAUAGCAAAAGGCAACUGGUGGAGGAGAACUUAGGUUUGAAGAUCAAAGGGCUGUGUGUGCGCCUGAAUGCUGAGUUAGGAGGGGUUAUCGUUAGGGUAGGUCUUUGCCACAGUUGCCCUAAAAGUGAUAGCAGAAAGAAACUGAUCUGAGUCAAAAUUACUUAGGUCAAUGCAUUCUAAACUGUCCCUUCCCAAUCCUCCAAUAUGUCUGGUAACAAAGCCAUCAUUGUGUGAUUAAACUUUAUAUUUAAAUAAAACCAAUUUUUUGUAUUCUUCCUUCAAAUAUGUGAGUGGGACUUUUGAGUUUGUUGGAGAUAGAAUUAGAAGGCACUUUGCAGUCAACAGCCACAUAAAUCCCACAUCUACUCUUGAGCAAAGCAUUUUAAAGAUAGGACUUACCCUGAAAAUGAGCCACCAAUUGGGGGCUUUUUGACGGGUUGGGUCCGUCAUCUUAUAAUGAUUUCGUGAUAUGAAGUCGGACUAUUAGUCCUGAGCUGAGCUCAGACAGCAUUUGUCUGUAUCAUCUCACAGGACAUUGUUUUCCAUUCAGGCUUGUGGCUCAUUCAAGUUCAACUCCUUAAAAAUGUGUUUCUAGAGUGGCAAUCUUAGCAAAAAUAUUACAAUUUUAUGGAGAAAGCAAAUUUUUAUUAUGUAAUAUCUGAUGCUACAAAAGAAUAUAUGCAACGUGAUUGUAAAUUUUUAAAUGUGAGAAUGAAAUAAACACCAGUGAACUCAUCACCUAGAGAAU